AGAUGAAAAACCGGAAGUGUCGUCAAUGAUUGUUAACAACGACACAGGUUCCACAGACGGCUGAAAGACGUCUCGCGACAGCAAACAGAUAAUUGGUUCGGAGUUGUCUUACCCUCUGAGAGGACCCAAGCAUACAUUGCAAUGCUAAAGGAGUGAGGUCCAACAGGGAUACUACCUUGGCUACUUUAUAUUUUUUUACUCAUCAAAGCUGAGCAAGAGAAAUAGGCAUGAUAGGAGUCCCUGUGGUCUGUGUGCUGGUGCUAGCAUUCAUGUGUCACAGCCACAGCCUGGAAAUGCAAAACCCUAUUUACAGAUUCAAAAGGUCUCAGGAAAAUGUCUUGUCAGAUACCAGCAACUGUAUGUCUAGGAUCAAGCAACAGCGGGUCUUAACAAAAACCGACAAUUUCUCUGUUGAUAUUCGAAUGCCUGGUGUUGUCCCAACUGGGUCGGACACUUACCUGUGCAUGGCCUUUCCUGUGCCAACCAAUCGAGAUACAUAUAUUGUGGACUUCAUACCUCACGCCAGUAUGGAAACAGUUCACCACAUGCUGCUGUUUGGCUGCCAGACACCUGUCUCUACUAGAAGUUACUGGGACUGUGGCAGUGUGCAAGGCACGUGUGAGGACGAAGCUUCCAUUAUGUAUGCCUGGGCUCGGAAUGCACCACCUACUAAAUUACCCAAGGACGUUGGUUUUAAAGUUGGAAGAAACUCAGGGAUGUCCUACUUUGUGCUGCAGAUCCAUUAUGGAGAAAUCAGUGCUUUCAGAGAUCAUCAUAGAGAUUGCUCAGGAAUUACCUUAAGAAUGACAUCCAAACCGCAGCCUUUCAUUGCUGGCAUAUACCUGCUCAUGUCUGUGGACACAGUUAUCCUACCAGGAAAAAGAGCUACAAAUGCAGACAUCGCCUGUGAUUACACUUCAUACCCCAUCUACCCAUUUGCCUUCAGGACCCACACACACCAACUUGGCAAAGUGGUCAGUGGCUAUAGGAUCAGAGAUGGAAAGUGGAGCCUGAUUGGGAGACAGUCCCCUCAGUUACCGCAGGCUUUCUAUCCUACUAAGAAGGAGGUGCAUGUGAAGUAUGGUGACACCAUUGCAGCCAGAUGUGGGUUUACUGGUGAGGGCAGAACCUCUAAGACUUAUAUUGGCGGUACCUCUGAUGAUGAAAUGUGCAACUUCUAUAUAAUGUACUACAUGGACAGCAAACAUGCCAUCCCCUACAUGAACUGCAUGGAGACAGGUUCCAAAGAGCUGUUUCAGCAUAUUCCAGCUGAGGCCAAUGUUCCCAUCACUGUCAGUCCAGGUCAUAUGAACUCUGGGAUGCAUAUGGGACACUCAGCAGAUCAUCAAGAUACUGGAUCAUUGUUGGAUAAAAACAAAGCAGGACAGGUUUUGGAUCAGGAUUUCCAUUUGGAGCGAGUCUUGGCGUGGCCACAGAGUUCUCUUCAGCUUGGUCAGGUGUCAGGACUCGCCCUUGACACAAAUUCUAACCUGGUCAUUUUCCACAGAGGUGACCACCACUGGGGGGAGGACUCCUUUAACAGCCAGGCUCGAUACCAGCAGAGAUCCCUGGGUCCUAUUCAGCAGUCCACUAUUUUGGUUGUGGACCCGGCCAAAGGCAACAUCCUGAAGGCUUCUGGGAGAAAUAUGUUUUACUUGCCUCAUGGAAUAACUAUAGACAAGGAGAAUAAUUACUGGGUUACUGAUGUGGCUCUUCAUCAGGUGUUGAAAGUCAGCAGUGACGGAAGAGAUAGAACCUUGCUGGCACUGGGAGAGGCUUUUACACCAGGAAGUGACAUUACCCACUUCUGCCAGCCCACUGAUGUGGCUGUGGACACUGGCACAGGGAACAUCUUUGUGUCUGAUGGCUACUGCAAUGCCAGGAUACUGAAAUUCUCUCCUGAUGGCAAAUACCUGUCUCAGUGGGGUGCAGGCUCAUCAGACAGGAGGAGGCGCAUACCGUUCCAGAUCCCCCACAGCCUGGUAUUUCUUCCUGAAAGACAGGAAGUUUGUGUGGCUGACAGAGAGAAUGGACGCAUCCAGUGCUUCAUCACUGAAACUGGAGAGUUUGUCAAGGAAAUUAAGAAAGAGGAGUUUGGAGGAAAAGUUUUUGCCAUCACCUUUAGCCCUGCUGGAGGUGGCUUGAUCUUUGCAGUAAAUGGGGCCUCGGCAUAUCGUUCAGUUCCACUCUCAGGUUUUGUAAUAAAUUAUUCAACUAAGGAGAUAUUGGAUACCUUCAGCCCAGAGAAAAAGGAGUUUAAAAUGCCUCAUGACAUAGUUGCAACCAGGGAUGGCAGUGUCUUUGUCGGGGAUGCAGGCAGUAAAUCAGUCUUCAAGUUUACCACUGAGAAGUCACAUCGCUCUGUGAAGAAAGCUGGAAUUGAGGUUCAAGAACUUGAGGAAAUGGAGAUGAUUAUCCAAACUAAAGAGAGGCCAGAGCACAACCUGACAAAGAUGGGAGCAAUCCAAGAGAUGCAAAAGGUAGUUCAACAGCCCAGACCACAGGAAGAGGCAGAAAAGGAGAAUCACAAGAGUGCCAAAAAGGCAAACAGAGAGCAGGGUAUACUUCCAGCCAUUAUCACCACUCUGCUGCUCAUCCCUCUGCUUGUGGUCAUCUCCAUGGGAGUCUUUAUCUGCUGGAGAAAUAACAAUCGAUGUGAGGUGAAAACUGAACCCAGCUCCGUGGGAGGAAUCUUGGGAAAAAUAAGAGGUAAAGCAGUGGGCAGCCUGAACCUGGGGAACUUCUUUGCAUCCCAUAAAGGUUACAGCCGUCAGGGCUUUGACCAACUGAGUACUGAAGACAGCGACCAGGAGAGGAACGAUGAGGACAGUAGCGACUCUGAGAAUGAGGAGUACUCUGCUGUGCCUCCUCCCCAAUCCUCUUCUUAGAUGCUGUGGGACCUUUGCUUAAAUUGCCAAGAUGUAUGUUAUUCAUCAGUUGUGUAACUGUUGUGUGAGCUGCCAAAUUGUAUUGUUUAUAUAUUUAAAAAUAUACUGUAUAUAAAAAUAUUUUGGCAGAAUUUCAAAAAUAAUUUAAAUCUUUAUUUAAUUGAUCCUUCUUUCUGAUACAGGCGUGGUGACACAAUUUACAUAUAUCACUAUAUAAGAUUUAUUUUCCCCGUAAUCAGACAUAAAGAAAUGAUCAGCACAAUCCCCAGACAAAGGUUAAGACAUACCUUAAAACAAGAACAAAUCUGCCAACAGGCUGAGCUAAUUCAACUUUUUAUUCAUACCCUUGUUUCAGGAAUUUUCUUAAAAUUAGGAACCAAUUGCUGGAUUUCUGUUGGAAGUCAAGAAAAUCAACCAAUCGUCUGUGACUGAACCUUAAAAACCUUAAAUGCUCUGUAUCAUGGUGGUACUACGGCCAGCACAAGCAGCACUGAAACAGUUUGGUACAGUGCAAAGGUCAAAGGUCAGAGAGGUGCAAACAGGUGGAAGUGGUGGUCUGUGGUAUUUGGAAGAAGUUGGGUCUAGAACAGACUUCUCAGAACACUUUGAGAGAGAAUCUAAUUUACCUCAUAAAAGUUACUUUUAGUUCAAUGUGGUCCAAACACCUGAAAUGAACUUGAUGGAACAUCAGUAAACCAAUGGGUCAUUCUUCUGAUCUUAUCUCAUAGUAUCCUUUUAUGCACAGCAGUUUGAUAAAAAUCUCUGAAGGCAGCAGGAAAUACUAUAUGUUGAUGUUUGCUGUGUUGUCAGUUGUAUUCUCACUGUUAAAAACAGAGAUGCCAGAUUACAGCGGCUCAUGAAUGCAUCAGUGCAUAAACUCUAUAUAAUGAGAUGGUUUACACCGUUUGCAGUCAACACUUUCUCCACCUUCCAGACAACAAGAGAGAGCGUACUUAUUAAUCACACCCUCUGAUCUACCUUCAACUUUAUUGCCCUUUGCGUUACUGUAAAUGUCAUCAGUUCAAAUGCACUUUUCUUCAUGGUGUAAUGGAUACGUGUAUUACAGAGGUGGACUGUAGUCUGAUGAUUGCAGUUGCUCUCUGUAUGCCUACAUUUAGUCUUCAUCCUUUUAAAUAUGCUGCUGUGAGCUUGGAGAUGCCCGAGAACAGGUGCUUUGUGCUGGUCACUGUGCUUGCUCCAUUAUCAGAGUGCUUUAAAUCCCUUGAAAACUGUCACCUCUUAAGUCACUGUUUAUUUUACUGUUCGGUAUUUUGAUUCUGUUGAGUCAGAACUGGACUUAAAUAGUGUUCUUCAUGACAUCUCUGAGUUGGAAUUCAAAGUGGGUACAAAAAAUUUAAUGAAUAGUUUAUCAGUGCAGAUAUAGUUUACAGUACAUUGAGUUCAGUUUUGAUGAAAAAGUGCAUCCUUCCUUGCAUUAAUAUCUUCCAUGUAGUAAAACUACACACAAAGCAUUAUUUCAGCAUAGCUGUUUGGUCAUGUUUCAAUUCAGACAUUUCUCUGUAUAUGAUUAAUAUCGUUUUAUGCCUUUUUACAUGUGUUAGUACCUGCCAUUACAAAAUAUGAUUAAAACAGCUGCUGCUAGUAGAGCUUGUACUAUG